UUUUUCAGUGUUUAAUUUGAGAUCGAAAUUGUUUAUCUCUCAAGAAGUGUUUCUUCCUUGACCGACCCGCCUCACUCCAUUUGAGUGGAUGAUUCUAGCUACCAUCAUUGCCAACUGCAUCGUCCUGGCUCUGGAGCAACAUUUGCCUGAUGGGGACAAGACUCCGCUGUCUGAGCGCCUGGAUGAUACAGAGCCGUACUUCAUAGGGAUCUUCUGCUUUGAGUCUGGAAUAAAGAUCCUGGCACUUGGUUUUGCCUUCCACAAGAACUCCUACCUGAGGAAUGGGUGGAAUGUCAUGGACUUUGUGGUGGUGCUCACAGGGAUUCUGUCCACUGUGGGUUCAGAUUUCGACUUGCGGACCCUCAGGGCUGUGCGAGUAUUGAGGCCCCUCAAACUGGUGUCUGGUAUUCCCAGCUUACAGGUGGUGCUCAAAUCCAUCAUGAAGGCCAUGAUUCCUCUGCUGCAAAUUGGCCUGCUUCUUUUCUUUGCCAUCCUCAUGUUCGCCAUCAUUGGUCUGGAGUUCUACAUGGGCAAAUUCCACACAACCUGCUUUGACAAUCACACAGGUGAGAUUAAAGCAGAUUAUCCAUGUGGGACUGAACCUUCGUCACGGGGGUGUCCAGUUGGCAGCAUGUGUAGAAAGUACUGGCUUGGACCAAACUAUGGCAUCACCCAGUUUGACAACAUCCUGUUUGCUAUCCUCACCGUCUUCCAGUGUAUCACCAUGGAGGGAUGGACUGAGCUUCUCUACCAUAGCAACGAUGCCUCAGGGAGUGCAUGGAACUGGAUGUACUUCAUCCCCCUCAUCAUCAUCGGCUCCUUCUUCAUGCUCAACCUGGUGCUGGGUGUGUUGUCCGGGGAGUUUGCCAAAGAGAGAGAGCGUGUGGAGAACAGGAGCGAGUUCCUGAAGCUCAGGAGACAGCAGCAGAUUGAAAGGGAACUCAAUGGUUAUCUGGAAUGGAUUUGCAAAGCUGAAGAGGUCAUCUUGGCAGAUGAUGACAAUGAAAAUGAAUAUGAUGGCUCCCGUAGGAGAGCCACAAAGAACCAUAAAAACAAAGCUGAGCUUCUAAACCCAGAGGAAGGGGAGGGAGAUCUGGCAGUAGGGUCACCAUUUGCCCGUGCCAGCUUGAAGAGCUCCAAGCUCGAAGGAUCAACUUUCAAGCGGCGUGAGCGACGGCUACGCUUCUUAAUCCGACACAUUGUUAAGUCCCAGGCCUUCUACUGGACCGUGCUGUGUUUGGUGGGCCUCAACACAAUGUGUGUGGCAGUAGUGCAUUACGACCAGCCAGAAGCACUUUCAGAUUUUUUAUAUUUUGCUGAAUUCACCUUCCUGGGGAUAUUCUUGACGGAGAUGUUUGUAAAGAUGUAUGGCCUGGGCAAGCAGGCCUACCUCAACUCCUCCUUCAACUGCUUUGACUGCAUUGUGAUAUGUGGUAGCAUAUUUGAAGUGCUGUGGUCCAUCAUCCAGCCGGGGACAUCGUUUGGCAUUAGUGUGUUACGAGCUCUCAGGUUAUUGAGAAUCUUCAAAGUCACCAAGUACUGGGCAUCUUUGCGUAACCUUGUUGUCUCUCUGCUCAACUCCAUGAAGUCCAUCAUCAGCUUGCUCUUCCUGCUCUUCCUCUUCAUAGUUGUCUUUGCUCUGCUGGGCAUGCAGCUCUUCGGAGGACAGUUUAAUUUUGAAACUGGCACUCCUCCGACCAACUUUGAUACUUUCCCUGCAGCAAUAAUGACAGUGUUCCAGAUCCUGACCGGUGAGGACUGGAACAUGGUGAUGUACGAUGGCAUCCAAUCUCAGGGCGGAGUCAACAAGGGCAUGGCCUUCUCUGUCUUCUUCAUCGUGCUCACGCUUUUCGGCAACUACACUCUGCUGAAUGUGUUCUUGGCUAUCGCUGUAGACAAUUUGGCCAAUGCACAGGAACUGACCAAGGAUGAACAAGAGGAAGAGGAGGCCGCCAGUCAGAAGAUCGCCCUGCAGAAAGCCAAGGAGGUGGCUGAAGUCAGCCCGCUAUCUGCUGCCAACCUCUCCAUUGCAGCGUUUGGACCCUUACCACAGCACUUCAUCAGCAACAAAGUACACAGUGAGUGUCACAACGCUACCGACCCCUUUCUGGACUGUAAGGAGCAGCAGAAGAACAACAAUAAGGGAAUCAAUAAGUCAGUGUGGGAACAACGCACCAAGGAGCUGAGGAGGCAGACUCUGGUGUCCAGUCGCGAGGCCCUCUAUAACGAGCUGGACGCUGACGAGCGCUGGAAGGCAAGGACAGGCAAUGGGGAGCAAAACAAUGUGAACUAUUCACGUCAAAUCCGUCCAGACAUGAAGACCCACCUGGAUCGACCCUUGGUGGUUGACCCCCAUGAGAACCGCAACAACAACACCAACAAGACCACUGCAAACAAUUCGGACCUCUGCUUCAGCCAGCACCAUCCUGCUGAUGAGCUCCACAGACAAACACUCCUCCACGAACAGGGUGGCCAAGUUGGAGGGGGUGGUGGAGGAGGCUCAGGUCCAAUCAGGCCUCCCAUGGAGCGGGGCGAGUCCACAGAGAGCAGGCGCAGCCGCAAAAGUGAGCACCACCACCACGCCUCUCAUAUCCGAUUGGACGCUACAGUGAUUCCUGGACCAGGCGGAGAGGAGAGGCCGCCCAGGCGCCAUCACCACACCCGGAGCGGCAGCCGAGGGGGGGGGCAGUCAGAACACCGGAAGCCCAGGUCACACCGAAAAAGCGCAGAAGAUGGUGAGGAUGGCAGGGGAGGGGCUGGAAAAACAGGGAGACAUAAAAGCAAAGGACUUGACGGUGGAGAAGGAGGAGAGCAGGAGGGAGGUGGCGAUGGCAGUGAGAGGAGGCCAAGAAGAAAUCGGCAUGGCACGGAGGGCGAGGGGAAGAGGAUGUGCCAGCACAGAAGGAAGGAAUGCAGUGUCCCUAACCUCUCUACCACCCGGCCUAUUCAAAAGAGCCUCUCCAGGCAAGACAGCCAGUACAGUGAGGACAUGGACAACCUCAUGAAUACCAAACUGGUCUCUGGCUCUACCCCACCAAGCGAUGGUGGUGAUCAAGUUACCAACCACACUGUGGCCUCUGGCUUUGGAUCUGCCCUCCAUCUUGCUAACAGUGGCACUCAUGGGAGUUUGGUCACAUUAGAUAGCUAUGGGAGCAUUGCACACCACCGUGCCAACAGUGUCAUCAGGCUGCCCCACCAUGACUACACAACUGUUGACAUGCCAAUUUUUCCAUCCACCAAUGCCAUACUGCAGGUUAAUAAGAAUGCCAACACAGAGCCACUGCCAGCGAAGGAGAAUAAGGAUGAUGAUGAUGACGAGAAGGGAGGUGAAGGAGGACCCAGGCCCAUGCCUCCCUACAGCUCCAUGUUCAUCCUGUCUACCACCAACCCGUUUCGGCGGGCGUGUCACUACAUCUGCACCUUGCGUUAUUUUGAGAUGUGUAUCCUGCUGGUCAUUGCCAUGAGCAGUAUCGCCUUGGCUGCUGAAGACCCUGUCUGGCCCGAGUCCCCUCGCAACAAUGUUCUACGUUAUUUCGACUAUGUCUUCACAGGAGUGUUCACAUUUGAGAUGCUGAUAAAGAUGGUGGAUCUAGGAUUGGUCUUGCACCAGGGCUCUUAUUUCCGGGACUUAUGGAACAUCCUUGACUUUAUAGUGGUUAGUGGUGCUCUGGUGGCCUUCGCCUUCACAGGGAGCAGUAAGGGAAAAGACAUCAGCACUAUCAAGUCUCUGCGGGUACUGAGAGUGUUAAGACCUCUGAAGACCAUUAAACGUCUUCCCAAACUCAAGGCUGUGUUUGACUGUGUGGUGAACUCUCUGAAGAAUGUGCUCAACAUCCUGAUUGUGUACUUACUGUUCAUGUUCAUCUUUGCUGUGGUGGCCGUGCAGCUCUUCAAGGGACGCUUCUUUUACUGCACUGAUGAAUCAAAAGAGUUUGAGCGCGACUGCAGGGGCGAGUAUCUGGUGUAUGAACGUGAUAACGAAGUGAAGGCGCAGAAGCGGGAGUGGAAGAAGUACGAUUUCCACUACGACAACGUGGCUUGGGCCCUACUCACCCUCUUCACCGUGUCUACCGGAGAGGGGUGGCCGCAGGUGCUGAAGCAUUCAGUGGAUGCGACUUAUGAGAACCAGGGCCCGAGCCCGGGGUACCGGAUGGAGAUGUCCAUUUUUUACGUGGUGUACUUCGUGGUCUUCCCCUUCUUCUUCGUCAACAUCUUCGUGGCUCUCAUCAUCAUCACCUUCCAGGAGCAAGGAGACAAGAUGAUGGAGGAUUACAGUUUAGAAAAGAAUGAGAGAGCUUGUAUAGACUUUGCCAUCAACGCCAGGCCCCUGACACGCCACAUGCCUCAGAACAAGCUGAGUUUCCAGUACCGAAUGUGGGAGUUUGUGGUGUCGCCGCCAUUUGAGUAUACUAUCAUGGCAAUGAUCGCGCUCAACACAGUUGUGCUGAUGAUGAAGUAUGACGAAGCUUCUGACACCUAUGAAGCUGUGUUAGCCAACCUGAACAUAGUGUUUACCUCCCUCUUCUCCAUGGAGUGUGUACUCAAGAUCAUCGCCUUUGGAGCACUGAAUUAUUUCAAAGAUGCCUGGAAUAUUUUUGACUGUGUGACAGUCCUGGGCAGCAUUACUGACAUCUUAGUUACCGAGCUUGGGAUGGAUAAUUUCAUCAACCUAAGUUUCCUGAGGCUGUUCAGGGCAGCUCGUCUCAUCAAGCUGCUGAGACAGGGAGAAACCAUUCGCAUCUUGCUCUGGACCUUCGUUCAGUCGUUUAAGGCACUACCUUAUGUCUGCCUCCUCAUUGCCAUGCUGUUCUUCAUUUACGCCAUCAUUGGGAUGCAGCUUUUUGGGAAUAUUGCUCUGGACGAAGAAUCAGACAGUGCCAUCAACCAGCACAACAACUUCCAGACUUUCGUACAGGCUCUCAUGCUUCUCUUCAGGAGUGCCACGGGAGAGGCAUGGCACGAUAUCAUGCUGGCCUGUCUGGGGGGUAAGGUGUGUGACCCCUUGUCAGGGAAUCCAGACCCAGAGUGUGGCAGCCAGUUUGCCUACCUCUACUUUGUCUCCUUCAUCUUCUUCUGUUCAUUCUUGAUGCUGAAUCUGUUUGUUGCCGUCAUUAUGGACAACUUUGAGUACCUGACUAGAGAUUCAUCCAUACUGGGACCUCACCACCUGGAUGAGUAUGUCAGGAUAUGGGCGGAGUAUGAUCCUGCUGCCUGCGGGCGCAUUCAUUAUAAGGACAUGUACAGUUUAUUACGAGUUAUCGACCCCCCUCUCGGCUUAGGCAAGAAAUGCCCCCAUAGGGUGGCCUGCAAGAGACUGCUCCGUAUGGAUCUGCCUGUGGCCGACGACAACACGGUCCACUUCAACUCCACUCUCAUGGCGUUGAUCCGCACCGCGCUGGACAUCAAGAUUGCCAAGGGUACGGAAGGUGGCAUUGACAAGCACCAGAUGGAUGCAGAGCUGAGGAAAGAGAUGAUGGCGAUCUGGCCCAACCUCUCCCAGAAAACUCUGGAUUUGCUGGUUACGCCACACAAGUCAGCGACAGACCUGACAGUGGGGAAAAUCUACGCUGCUAUGAUGAUCAUGGAGUACUACCGGCAGAGCAAGAUCAAGCGCUCACAGGCUCUUCGGGAUGAGCAGCGCGUGGAGCCACCUUCCCCCACCCAGGAUGGGGGUCCGGGACUUAACAACGCACUCCCUCCACCUGAGACAACAGAGACUGUCAACAACCUGCCAGUGGAGGGGGGGGUCCCGGAGAGCCAUUCAUGGGUGACAGCUCGUGCUCAGGAGAUGUCCCAGAAGGCCGGCAGCUGGAGCCCUGAGGGUCACCCUGAGGAUGGCCUGGGAAGCAUGACCAACUCUCAGACGGUAGAGAUGAGAGAGAUGGGGCAGGAUGGUUACUCGGAUACUGAGCACUUUCCACCAAUGGAAGGCCAUGGCAGGGCCGCUUCCAUGCCCCGCCUCCCAGGCGACAACCAAACCAUCAGUGACAGCAGUCCCAUGAAACGCUCGGCCUCGUCGCUGGGCCACAGCAGGUCCGGGCGUGGGCACAGAGACAAGGGAGGGGCAGACGACUACAAUAUGGAGCGUGUAAUACCAGAGGAAGGGAGAACUUCCAGACAUGGACACCGGCGAAAAGACCGGAGUCACCGGGCGUCUGAGAGGUCCCUCUGUCGCUACGCCGAGGCUGACACAGGCCUGGGCACAGACUUGAGCACAACCACCCAGUCCGGAGACCUCACAUCCAAAGACAAGGAUCGUGACCGAGAUCGCGGCCGGUCCAAAGACCGUAAGCACCACCACCAUCAUCACCACCACCACGGCUCUGUGGACAAGGAGCGCUACGUAGCAGAGCGAGGGGGCGAGUACGGGCACAGGCACUCCCGUGACAGAGAGCAUGACCGGGAGAGGGAGCGGGAAAGGGACCGGCGCUGGUCACGAUCGCCCAGCGAGGGUCGCGAGUGCAUGACACACAGACAGGGCAGUAGUUCGGUCAGCGGAAGUCCUGUCCCCUCAACAUCGGGGACCAGUACGCCACGUCGAGGCCGUCGUCAGUUGCCUCAGACCCCCGCAACACCUCGACCCCAUGUUACCUACUCCCCUGUGGUUCGUAAGGCUAUGCCCACACCACCGGGGGGGCCACAGGGCCGACCACCAGCCCCAGCCCCCCGUCGCUUUUCUCCUGAGCCUCCCCAAGGCCAGGGCCCUCCCCCCCGUUGUACUCCCACCAGCCCAUCAUGGCACAUCCCGCCAGGGUCAUCAUCCCCCACCUCGCUGGGGAGACACAGGUGGAGAGGUGGCUCUGUGGAAGGGGAUAGCUGUUUCUACAACCAGGACUACCAGGACUAUGAGCCCCACCAUGAACCACCUGCCUAUGAGCAGAGCUCCAUGCAGGGUGGAAACCCCCACCCCCACAAUCUGGCCAACCACCCACUGCCGCCUCCUCCACAACCACAGCCACAUAACCCCCAUCCCCUCCCUCCACCCCAGCCCCACCCUGUAAACAACCCCCACCCUCAUCCACCGUCACACCCACAACCCAGUCGCACCUCACCUAGGACUGUCCACCAUGCGCCCCCUCCCACGACCGCCCUGACUGGGCCUGUACAGGGCCAGAUGCAGCCUGCUGCCCAGCGCCGACUGCCCAAUGGCUACCGUUCUUCAUCACCUUCCACACAUCUACAUGGACCCCCACAUACUGGGCCUCACAAGGUCCCCCCUCCAGCUGGGCAUCCUAGGGGUCCCCGCAAGGGCCUGCAUGAACCCUACAGCGAGACGGAGGAUGACGACUGGUGCUAGCCUCUGGGGAUGGGGGAGGGGCGUAAGGAAGAAAAAAGAAUUGAUAGAUGGACCGAAAGAUGAAAAUAGAAAGCUCUGACCUAGAGCACAGACUGCCAAGGGAAACCGUGAUUCUUUCUUUCUCAUCUGUUCAAUUUUUCCCUCUCCUCCAACUGCUUGCCAUGUCCCAGGGACGGUGGGCUAGAUGAAGGGGCAGGUGUCAGGACAAAGGGAUGGAACAAAAAUGCGGAGGCCACGUUACUCUCGCAUUGUUGUUUCAUUCAUCUCUUGAUGCCAAAAACCCGACCUCAAACUGCAGUUUUUAAGGAUGCAAGUAGGAGGGGUGAUGGACACUUGUCUUUGUGUGUCUUAAAUUAUGCCUCUGGCACCGAGCUACAGCCACUUACAAGAUGUCAAGAGUUGCGACUCGACAAAAGACAUUUUACAGUCAGAGACAAAAGAAUGACCACUGUUUUUUUUGUUUUUUUGCUUCUCAAAGCUAACUUCAGUUAAGUUAGCCUCAAAAAGAAUCAAAUCCAACCCUCCCAACCACCAGUUGAAUAUUGAUGAGUUUUAUCAUCUGUGUUUUUAAAUAAAAACAAAACUGACAAUGAGCCCUCCACCUAUAUGAGGUGAGAAGGCUAAGUGGGUGGGAGAGUUGGGGAGUGUUGCACGGGAUUGACAAGUCCCUCUGUCAAAAUCUAGAGCACAGGAUGGGUGAGUUGGGGAUGUUUACCCCGUCCCUGGAGAACACCCUCGUCCCAGAAACGAACAAUUGAACCGACCUCAACCUAUGGCCUAUGAGAGAAGAAAAACAAAAAAGUGGAGAUGGGUUUCAGAAACAAAAAAACAAACCAGUAACUGUUUUCUGCAGUAUUUCUUCUUCUAUUCCUGCUUCUUCUUCCUCCUUCUCUUCUACUUGUUCAAAACAUUGAAGCUUGAAUCUUCUGUUGCACCCCACACAGCUUCGUUUUUUAGACUUGCGGAGUUGUACACCCUGUGGAAUCCUGCAUGAAUGAUACAAAAAAUAAUAAUAAUAGCAACAAUGAGAAACUACUGUAUGCGGGGGGAAGUUUUACUUGAUCAUUUCUGUUGUGGUCUUUAUGGUUUCUCUCUUUUUUAGUAAAAAUGCCUUUCUGUCUCUCUUUCUCUCUCUCCUCUGUAUGACAUUCCUCUCUCUGCACCUUCAUUUACACUAAAAUCAAGUGACAGAAGGCUAUAGGGAUUUAUAUCUAGAAGGAACAACACGAUUAGUUGCCUGCUUGUCUACAUUUUCUGUGCCAGAUGCCUGCCACCGAUACAGCUGGAAUUGCACAUCGUUUUUGUGGAAGUAACUUUUUGUAACUAAGGUGAUAAUCCUUAAAUGAUAUACUGGGAAGCAGGGUAAAGUGGAUAGAAGACGUGGAUGUCCGUAUUGGUAAAUAAAUCCGACAAAUCAGUAACGUCUCAAAGUCUUCCAGGGUUUGGGGUUAAAACAGACACCAGAGAGAAAGAGACCAAUAAGAAAGUUGGAGAAAGGAGAGAAACUCUUCAUCUUUGUUUUCUUCGUUCUUGAGUGUAAUAACAGAUAAACAGAUGAUAUAAUAACUUAUAAUGAUCAUGAUGAUCGUGAUAAUGAGACAGAUUCUCCAUGUUUGGUCUUCUAUUCUGUUCUCUAUGUUUUGCUGAGCUCAGCUAAUCAUUUUUCCAACCCUGAGGUGGAGCUCUAACACACAGUUGCAUUAUGGGAGAGUGAUUCUGUAGGAGGGUAAACACAAGACAGAUUAGCUAAAGCAGUCCUUAGAAUUUAGACAGUUGGUGAAUUUGAUUGAAAUUCGAUUGACACAAAAAUUGGUCAAAUGCAGCAGUUCCUUACAGGUUCUUACAUUGAAUUGGAUGAGUCUUCUCUCCUGCAGAUGCUGAAACAGAGUUCCACCGCCACUUGUAACCUUCUGGUGGCGCUGUAUGACAAACAAUGUCCCUCUAGUUUUUGUACGGCUCCCUUUACUUCACUUCUGAAUUCAGAGUUGUCAUACAGUUUAGCUCGUUCUCUCGCUUAGACCACCUUGUCUGUGUUCACCACGCGUAAACACAGGUGACUGAAUUGCACAGUCGCACAGUUCAGAUGGGUUGGAGAAAAGAUGUCUGGGCCCUGUCAUGGUCCUGGAAAAACAUCUGUGUUCUGUGUGUGCACUCGUAGAUAUAUCUUUCAAUUUCUUUCUGUGUGUUUCUCUGUGUGCCUCAAACUAAGACCUGUCACUAACGCACACCACUGUCAGCCCCAGCAUUAUGUUGUUUUUAUUUAUUUGACCUAAGUUUUAACCUGGAGGCCUAUCACAUGUUGACAAGAGAAUGCACCGAAAAAAUAGAAAAGAAAAAAAAACUGCCUAUUAGUGUCUUUCCAACCUCAGUGGAAUGUCACAGACAAGUUUUUCACAUCAAUACACUUAAAAUCAGAAAGCACACUAGGUAUGUAGCUCCUGGUUGUGGUGUGUGUAACUGGGUUUUUGCGUGUGUGUGUGUGUGUGUACAUGGGUGAGUGUGUUUCUGAUAAAUGUUUGUUUCUAUGCUUGCUUUGCUUUCUAUUCUUUAUCUCCAGAAAUCAUUUUCAAAUCUUAAAAUGUUUUUGGUCAAACCAUUGUUAACAAUCUUCAACUCUGCGCGUUUGUGUGUGUGUGUGAUGCCAGUAACCCCCUGAAUGAAACAUGCAAAGCCCCGAACAUUCACCAUCCAUCUUUGUGUCUAUGCUGCAGUGAAGUCCACUAACACGCUGAUUAACUACACAAAGUCUUCAAAAAGCAAUGUAAAGCCGCUACUGAGGAGAAAAAAAACAACUUUUUUUUAAGUACAAAAGAUUAAAAAAAGGAAAAAAUAUCUAGUUCCAGAAAUGCAUGUGCUAUGUGCAUGCCACACCGUGGGUUAACAGUCAUCUUCAGGACAUAAAAGAAAAAGCAGAUUAAUGAAUUCAGAGGAAUAAAAAAAAGAUAUAUAGAUAGAUGUUUUUAAAAAGCAACGUUUCCUUUUUUUCCUUCUAUUUUUGAGAACAAAAAAGGUAAAAAAAAUACAACAAAAAAAUGUCUAAAGAAUAAAAACACAAAAGAGACUUUGGUGAGAGUCAGUCUCGUUUGUUUCUUCUGUUACAUGAGGUUGAGGCACAACACAACCAUGUUCAGGACACCACAAAAAAGAACUGUUUUUAACGAAGAAAAAAUAUAUAUACGUACAAAGAAAAGAAAGUACAGUUCAGAAGAUGGUGUAUUCUCCCUUCUACUUUUUUUGUGGGGGUCAGGGGGUGCAGAAGCUAGCCAAAUCUGAUGUUGUACUCAUUACAACUGGCUGUGCAAUCUUUGACCUCCCACUCACUCCCUCUUUUUUCCCUCUCUCUAACUCCGUCUCUCACUCUUAUCUGUCGCACUCUCAACCUGUCUCACUGCUAUUUCUACCAGUGCAUUUUGUAAUUCCAAACAAAACUCUUCCUAAAGAAUAAAAUCCAGAGAGAAUGCACA